GCUCUUUCUCCUUCUCUCUCCAGAUAAAUGGAGUCGCAGGAAAUAUAAACCAGAACGGUGGCGUGGUGGGCAUUGGCAUUGGUUUUUCAAUUUGUCAACUCUCUCCUCUCCCUGCCCUUUCCCCGGGAAAAAAUCGAGAGGUCACAAACAGGGAGGUCACAUACUGGAAAAUUACUUCCCCCGGGAAAUAAUCGAAAGGUCACAAGCCGGAUAUCGCGUACGCCAAAUCAGAUGAGGAUAUCUUAUCUAAAGCUGGGUCUGUUUGUGAUCGCAAGCCUCCUCUUAUCAAAUCUACAAUCUGCCCAUGGGAUUAGAUUUGUCAUUGACAGGGAAGAGUGCUUCUCUCAUAUGGUGCCAUAUGAAGGCGAUACUGUCCACGUUUCUUUUGUUGUUCUCAAAUACGAAUCUGCUUGGAAUUCUGCAAAUGAUGGUGUGGACCUUGUUGUGACUGGUCCUAGUGGGGAGCAACUUCAUGAUUCACGUGACAAAACGAGUGAUAUGUUUGAAUUUUUAGUACACAAGAGGGGCCUCCAUCGGUUCUGUUUUAAAAAUAAGUCUCCUUACCAUGAAACUAUCGACUUUGAUGUACAUGUUGGUCAUUUUGCAUUCUAUGAGCAGCAUGCAAAAGAUGAGCAUUUGAAGCCUCUGUUGGAGCAGAUUGCUAAAUUGGAAGAAGCUCUUUACAAUGUGCAAUUUGAGCAGCACUGGCUGGAAGCUCAGACUGAACGUCAAGCCCUUGUUAAUGAAGGAAUGAGCAGAAGAGCGAUCCACAAAGCUAUUUUUGAAUCUGCUGCUUUGAUUUGUGCCAGCAUGCUGCAAGUUUAUCUCUUGCGCCGACUUUUUGAACGCAAGCUUGGCACCUCAAGGGUUUGAGACUUUUUUAUAUUUGCUUGUAGUGGAGGGUUUGUUAGCCUGACAGUCCAGCUUAUUUCUUGGUGGCCUUAAGCGAUAUCGGUGGAUGGUUGGUUGAGAUUGUUCGAAGUGAAUUACAACUGAUCAGCAGGAAUCAAAUAGCUGUCCACUUCAAUUUAACCACUACAAAGUUUUAUCACUUUGUCAUUAUUUAUAAACGAUUUUGACCCCAAUGUUAAAGUUGUUUUGUAGACUAUCUAUAGUGUAGCCUAAGCAGGGGAGGACUUGGCUGGGGCUCUGGAUUGUCGUGGCAUGUUCUUUUAUUUCAGUUGUUCAAGAGAUUAAUGUUCUUUUUCCA